AUGGACACCAACUGCACCGAGCACAAGGACCCUACGCACAAGCUUGUUGAAGAGGUGCUUGAGAGGCAACAUGGUGAGUUGUUGCUUCGGCUGGAGAAGUGGCUUUCCAAACUGGAGGAGCAGCUGCCAAGUCGCGAAGCUCGCGACUUGGACUGGGCACGAGAGGUGACCCCAGCGGUGACAAACCGUCUCUCUGGCAUGUCCGUGCGCUCCGCCCGCUCCAGCCGCAAUCGGACUGGGACUGGAGACGAGGAGGACAUAAGGCGCGAGGAGAAGCCUCAGAGGAGGUCGAUUCAUUCGGAUGACUAUGAACUGGCACAGUCUGAAGCCGACCGUGUGGAGUCCAUGAAGAACAUGACCAUGGCAUCCCGUCAAACCUCAAAGACGAAAACGAAGCUUCAGUCCUGGGCCAAGAAGAUUCAACAACGCUCGGCCAAGAUAGCCAACUCUCUUGCUUUCAACAUCUUCUUUGGUGUCGUGAUUGUCUCCAAUUCUGUCUUUCUGGGCCUCCAACUCGAAUGGAGUGCUUGGCAAGUUGAUCAGCUAGUGGAGCCUGCGUUUCUGGCUGGGCACUUGAUCUACGCAACCCUCUUCUCAGUAGAGAUGUCCAUCCGCUUCAUUGCCAAUGGUCCAAGGACCUAUUUCUUCGGCAGCUCGUGUGCCUGGAAUUGGCUGGACAUAUUUGUUGUGGUGCCAGCUUGGGUUGAGAUUUGCAUGGACAUCGCAUCCGCCAACUCCUCAGAGCCUGGAACCGGUGCCAGCAACUUCCGCAUCAUUCGGGUCUUCAAACUGACCAGGCUCUUACAGGUGCUGCGGUCGGUCCGGAUUGUUCGAUUCGUCAGCGCGUUUCGUGCACUUGUCUACUCAGUUAUCGACACGACGCGACAGCUGCUUUGGGCCAUGGUAUUGCUGAUCCUCAUAAUCUACAGCUUCGGAAUCCUUUUCACGGAUGCAGUGCUCUAUCAUUUGUUCUGGUUUUCGGAAAUAGAGGAUGCGGAACUCAAGAAGUAUUUUGGCAGUGUGUUCCAUUCCUGUACCACGCUCUUCCGAGCAUUGAUGAAUGGAUUUGAUUGGAGCAUUGCAGCGGAUGCUCUACUCCCCUUGGGAGAUUUUUGGGUACAGCUUUUUCACCUGUACAUUGCCUUCUGUGGGCUGGCGGUGCUGAACGUCAUCACGGGCGUCUUUGUGAAUAGUGCCAUCAAGACGCGUGAAAAAGAUCACGAGACGUUAAUGCAAAAUAUGUACAAGCUCAAGGAUCUCGUGGGAGAUCUUUGGACUAAAUUGGACAAGGCAGGAGCAGGAAAAAUCACCAUCACCGAGUUUGAGCAAAUGUUUGAGGAGGAGGACAUGCGUGCCUUCUUUGGAGCCAUCGAGAUGAACGCCAUGGACGCUUGGACGCUCUUCGACUCCCUGGAUGCCGACGGAGAUCAUCUCAUCAGCUUCGAGGAGUUCAAGGAGAGAUGCCUGCAGCUCCACGGACCGGCAAGAUCUGUGGACCUAUUU